AUGGGUGCUCCUCCAGGACCCCCCCGGGCACCCGUGUGCUCCCCCUUGCCCCCAUCGGCAGCGCCGGGCGCAGCGGCAGGGGGGGUUGGCGAUGGCGGCGCUGGUGGUGGGGCGCUGGUGGCGGCGGUGCUGGCGGGGGCCGAGGCGCAGUGCCCAUCCCCCUCCGACCUACGGACGGCCAACGGCACCCGCAUCUGCGCCCAGCUCUACGCCGACAACAGCCCUUACUACGACCAGUGCUGCGCGGGACCCGUCCUGGUGGUAGAACCUGGCGCUGACGUCCCCUACAUGCCCCGCGGCUGGGCCGGCCACGUCUCCUCCUUGGUGGUGGGCACCCGCUGUGAGCUGACCGUUUGGUCUCGGGCUGGCAAGAAGGGGAAGAUGCGGCGUUUCGGGGCCGGCGCGGUGCCGCGGUUGCAGGAGGUACGGCGGGGGCUCUUCGGCGACUGGGAUAACGCCAUCAGGGGUUAUUAUUGUAGCUGCAAGUGAGGCGGGCGGCGGCGGGGGGGCGGCACACGGCGGCGGUCAGCGGAAGGCGGCAUGAGGCGACGCAGGCCGGUCGGAGGCAAUGCGGGCAAAUGCAAGUCAAUGCGGGUCAAGGCGAGUCAACGUGGGGGUCAAGGCGAGUCAACGUGGGGGUCAAGGCGAGUCAACGUGGGGGUCAAGGCGAGUCAACGUAAGUCGACAUGGGCCAAGACAAGCCAACGUGAGUCAACGUGGGCCAAGACCAGCCAAUGUGAGUCAACAUGGGCCAAGACAAGCCAACGUGAGUCAACGUGGGCCCAGACCAGCCAACGUGAGUCAACGUGGGCCAAGACCAGCCAACAUGAGUCAACGUGGGCCAAGACCAGCCACAACGUGAGUCAACAUGGGCCAAGACAAGCCAACGUGAGUCAACGUGGGCCAAGACAAGCCAACGUGAGUCAACACAACUCAAUGUGGGCCAAGACAAGUCAACGCGAGUCAACGUGGGCCAAGACAAGCCAACGUGAGUCAACGUGGGCCCAGACCAGCCAACGUGAGUCAACGUGGGCCAAGACAAGCCAACGUGAGUCAACACAACUCAAUGUGGGCCAAGACAAGUCAAAGCGAGCCAACGUGGGCCAAGACAAGCUAACGUGAGCCAACAUGGGCCAAGACAAGCCAGCGUGAGUCAACACAACUCAAUGUGGGCCAAGACAAGUCAACGCGAGUCAACAUGGGCCAGUGCAAGCCAACCUCAGCCAAGCCAAGUCAACAUGAGUCAAUACAAGCCAAGCCAAGCCAACGCUGGCCAAGCCAAGCCAAGCCACCAUGAGCCCACUGACAGACGCGUGCUGACACACGUCGACGUGGCAGUGCCACCCCCCUGCCGCCACCCCCCCCCCUGCCUCGUAUAGCUCCAAGCGCAGCCAAUAAAGCCUGGAGGCCGCAGCAGCUCCUGCCUCGCAGGUGCUUUAUUGGGGGGGAAGGGGGGGAAGUGGGGGUGGGUGGCAGGCAGCAGCCCCCCAGCACCUUUGGGUGGGGAGAGAGGGGUCUCCACAGCCAUCACCCUGUCACCCCCCAAGCAAGGACCCUGUGCGGAGGGUCAUGCAUGUGGGUAGGUGUGCGC